GGCUGCUAGGAGACAAGAACAGAGAGGGGGAGGAAUUGACAGAAACUGUUUCAGAAUCUCUGUCCUCCAACUUGGACAACGCCAUAUCAUACAGCCUGGUCUUGAGCCUGCUUGGCCUCCUGUAUUUGGUUCACAGCAGUUAUGUCACACUUCGUUGGUUCAACGGGGAAAGGUAUCCGACCCUCUGCUUCUCUCCAUCAGAGCUGAAAACAUUCCUUAGCAGGAUCCAGGCAACUGAACCAAUGUGUAAUAUCAAGGUGAGUGGAGGCCAAUGCUUCCCCCCAAACAGAACCACACUAACCAAGGACUUUGUUCCACACCUCUGGACAGAGUUCACCGAAUCCAUAGAUGUGGUUGGAGCCCGUAAGAACAGGAUUGAAUCUGCUAUUAAUAUAUCGGAUGUGCUAGAGGAGCUGCUGAGAAAGAACAAAGUGUUCAUCAUGGAUAUCUCCAUCGAUCUGAUGCCAGAGGAUAGGCUUAGCUCCAGAAAUACUCACAAAUUCGUCUCCAAGGUUUUGGAUACAGCUUCGACCAAGUUUCGGAACACCACUUCGGCAUCUUACAAUAUUCAGAUACCGACAAUAUCGAGCAGUUUGGAGAUACGAACCCCUAUACAGCUUAAAGACGGAGCCCUUGCAACACAACCAGAGGAUGAUCUGCUAAAAAUGAACGGACCUAAGAUGUCAGCUAUAGUUCAUCGUGAACUUGAUCUCCCGGCUUUCUGGUACUUUAUGUGGAAACAAAGACACUUCCUUCAAGUAAUCUCAACCAUCUUCCCUCCCCUUGGUAUCUUCUUCAACUAUCUACUAGAGGAUGGAUCUCAACGUCACAACCUGGAUAUCACAAUCAAGUACAGUUUUGUUCCCCAGACUGACCCUCCUUACCAGCUGGACAAAUCAGUCCCGGAUAUAGACUUCUCAGAACCACAGAAGAUCACUAUCCUGAUGCCCUGUGAAAGAUUUCUAGUUCCCCGAGACAGUCUCAGUAGAAUUAUAACUGGGGAAAUAGACUGGAGGCAGAACAGACAUCUUCGAAGAACUCCCAGUACUGAGUCAUCUCCCCCUAUCCUGACUCCCCAUACAUCAAAUAUGGCCGCCCUGCUGGAGCGUACUGAAGAAUACAGUAGAAGAUCUCGUAAUUCGAGCACAGAGGAUGCUCCUCACAGGGGGAUGGAAGGGGACAGCCCCCCCUCAUAUACAGCAGUAUUUAUCAAGGAAGCAGAGGGGCUCACACCCCCACCAGACUAUUCGAACUGUAAACCUCCACAGGGGACUUCCAAGUCUUUCUUCUAAAUGGACAAAAAGUGACUUAUAUGAAAAACAAUCAAGUGGAAAGUGAUUUAUUAAAAUAAUUUGAUAUGUUGUGUAUUAAAUGUAUAAUAUUGUUUUAAUGUUGGAUGUUUUUGUUGCGUAUUCCUGUUGAUAUUUAAUCUAAAUCAAAAGCAACCCCCAAAAUUAGAGCAAAAUCAACUCUUAAAAUACCAGCAAUUAAAUCUUUUUCAGUGACAGUUUUUUUUUCAAAAGAAACUUACGCUGUAUUUAUAUUAACUGCAAAAAGGAAUUUAUAAUUUAACUUUUAAAUUCCGUUUAGGAGCAAUUAAA